UAAAAGAGCACCAAGAUAUUGAACGAACGGCGCUAGGACCCAAACCGAUAAGCACACCCGAACUGACAACUGUUCACGCUCAAGAAGCCAAAGUGCCAACCAGAUUGACAAGAAACCAAAACGAAAAAAACCCAGAUGAGCUAAGUGAUGGAAGGUUGAAGAGGAAAAUGCGCCUCACCGCUGGGGAGAUAUGGGCUAGACAGACACCUGCAAGGAACAUUUGAGCCUCAUUGAUAUGUUCAGCGCAGGCAGCACUAUGACUGAUGGGGACUAUGAUUAUUUGAUCAAGCUCCUUGCUCUGGGGGACUCUGGAGUGGGAAAGACCACCUUUCUCUACCGGUACACAGACAACAAAUUCAACCCCAAAUUCAUCACUACAGUGGGAAUAGACUUCAGGGAAAAAAGAGUGGUCUACACAGCGAACAGCCCUAAUGGGACCACAGGGAAGUCAUUUAAAGUGCAUCUGCAGCUGUGGGACACAGCAGGACAGGAGAGAUUCAGGAGCCUCACCACAGCCUUCUUCAGAGACGCCAUGGGCUUCCUGCUUAUGUUUGACCUCACCAGCCAGCAGAGCUUCCUCAACGUGCGCAACUGGAUGAGCCAGCUACAGGCCAAUGCGUACUGUGAAAACCCCGAUAUUGUGUUAGUGGGCAACAAGGCCGACCUGGCUGACCAGAGAGAGGUGCAGGAGAAACAGGCUAAAGAACUCGCCGACAAGUAUGGUAUCCCAUACUUUGAGACGAGUGCAGCCACAGGAACGGAUGUGGACAAGGCUGUGGUCACCCUGCUGGACCUGGUCAUGAAGCGCAUGGAGCAGUGUGUGGACAAGCCUGCAGCCGACACCCAGAACGGGGAGGGCACCAGCAAACUGGACGCGGCGCCGGCCAAUGAGAAGAAAUGCGCCUGUUAAAGUGCUGUUAUAUGCGAGGAUUUCUCCCCCCUCCCCCCUCACUCCCCACUCUGCCACAACUAUACCUCUCCUUUAAUACCCCCUCUAGUGGACAGAUGUAGAGUUGCAGCUUGGCCUCCUCCACAGGAAGGUUGGUUGAUGGAAGCUGAUGACGGCUGGGUGAAAUGGCUUUGUCCAGUCUGUCUCUGUCUACCCUCAUUUGUCCAGGCUCACCACAUUAUUUAGGGGUAUGUCUGAGCUGUGUAAUACUGCCUUAGAAACAAAACGUUAAGACUUUGCCCAGAAAAAUAUUUUCCUGUCUCCAUGUUCAGCUCUUCAUUACUGGUUAACAGAGGUAUUAUUACUUAAAAGGUAUGAAAUUUGGUGUUAUUUUAAAAUAUCAGUAAGAAUAAAAGCAAAAUAAUAUUUAAGCAUUUUUUUACUUUUAGAACUAGUUUUUUCCAUUGAGAUUUUAUUUAAAAGAAUAAUAUAAUUAUUAUAAGAUCACAACAUUUAAUAUAGCAUCUUCUGAUUAACGUAUUUUGACAUUUCAAAGCAGCACCAGGUGUUACAUGAUUACUAAUUGCAUACUGCAGAUUCCAGCUCAUUUAAUGUAGAGACGAUGACCUUUACCACAGCACAGUAAUCCGGAUUUGGAAUGCUGCGGUUCAGAUUCCCCUUACUAAUCUAUAGAGAUGUAGACAGGUGUUUGAUGAAUGUACCUGUAGACAGAGGAGGGCAACACUGUAUACUCUGGUAACAGAAUAGCUUGUUAUGUUAACAUAACUACACUACUACUGACUACUGUUGCACCAUCAAGGCCACAUUACCACUGUGCUCUGUCAGUUCUGCAUGAAUGGAAACAUUUGUGCCCUACAAAGCCUAGUCAUUCCUCUGGCAAGGCAUUGGUGUGUAGGCUGUGAAAACCGUAGGAAAAUCAUAGGACUCAAGCAACCCACAGUGUAUAGAUACCUGUAACCUGUAACCUGUUAUGUGUGUGUGCCAAAAGCAAAACUGCCUCCAGAUCAGUGGUGUCUGCCUUAAAGAGUUUCACCAGGUUUAGCACCUGUAGAGUAUUUUGGGUGCUAAACUGCAUAUGUCAUUGGAUCACUCAACUGUACUCUCUCUUUCUCCAUACUCUCUCUCUCUCUCACUCACUCACACACACACACACACACACACACACACACACACACACACACACACACACACACACACACACACACACACCUGUGCUAUCAAACCCUUUCCAGUUAUUGUCUACUGAGUGUGAUCUGUGAGAUGGAUCUUGUUAGCCAUAUUUGUUUCAUUUUAACAGUUCUAGUUACUGUGGUGUAAGGCGAAAAAAGAUGAAGUACAAUAUGUUGUGUUUGUACUGUACUGUGGCUGGGUGAAGCACAACUAAUAUGUAAUCCUCAUACAUGGUCAAGCUUGGCCGAUAAAGACAAUGUUGUGUUGUCUUGUAAAACGUCCAGAUAGCAACCACACCUCUCGUCUUUGUGGAAACCCAUUCAGGUUGCCGUCUGUGAGGUCAGGGGUCCCCCGUUUCUAAAGUCAAUAAAGACUCUCGUAAUCUGAUAAGAACAACAGGUUUCCUUUAUGACUUUUGUUUGAGAAUUCCACUGAAAUCUUGUUAUUUUGUUUACCUCCUUUAAUUUAUAAUUAGGACUGGACAGCUGUGUCAACAGACCCAUUGGUGUAGCAUCUCAGUGUGUUCAUUCUGAUGGUGACGAAGACACAGAUGUGUACUGUAACUCAUGAGGCAUGUGAAGCCUCGGGGGCAUACGGUUGGUCCUGUUUUACUGGUAAAUCCACACAGUCCCGAAUAAUUAGGCUACUAGACCCUGUUUUAUAUUCAUAGGCUUAUUAUGUAAUAUUACACUAAAUUGCUGAAUGCUAUUAGCAUAAAUCAGUGGAACCAAACUGGGCAGAGAGAGGAUACAUAUCCACAAGGCAGACUGGAUACAACCGUGUGUUAGUCCUUCUUUUUGAAAGUGAUUUUGUUCAGUCAUUAGAUUAAAAAACACUAGUGUGUGCAAAUCAAAUCUGGUACACUUGUGGUUAAGCAGUGGACCUCUUGCUAUUGUCAGAGUAGAGAAAACAAUGUCUCCUUUUGUGUAUGACUACGUGACAUUGGGGGCUGCAUUGAUAUUGCAGCGAAGAGUGUUUUUCUGAAAUAUAACACUGCUAAAUAUAACCUAUCCUAGAUGGGGCAAUGUUGACCUCACUACACGCACACACACACACACAAAUACUGUCCACAUAGACCUUAGGGAGUACUCUUUUGUGUCCUAAUUGUCUUGUGAAAUGUUCAUUCAAUUUACAUAAUUGAAUAAACCUUUGCCUGAAGAUUAUAUAAGGUAAAAAGGUUGACAUCACUCUAACAGUGCCAAAAACAACUAAGCAGAAUGUGCCACAUGUCUCUUCUGCACAACCCAGAUCAACAUAAGGGCCUCUAUAGAACUGCAUGUGAAAUCUCAGACAUCCACACACCCAACUCUUAGCUUUCGAGUCACCCAAUGUGCUUCUCCAAGGCCUUGACCUUUAUUUUAGUAUUUUACGUUUGACGAUCUGCAUCAAAAGACCGGACUUCAUUGUCUCUCUGUAUUCUGAUCGUUGUAUAUGUUUUGUAUUUUGCUUUGUUUUUUUCCUCGGCCAGAAAAGGUUUUUGUGCAACGUGUUUCUUGUAGGUGAACACCUUUGGAAGCCAUAACUAGUUCCACUCAGUUGAUAAAUUAGGACAAGCUCUCUCCAAAUGGAGAUGGCAAUCUUUUGAUCUUCGUUUCUAUCCUUAAACAAAACUAAACCCUAAUGUUUGGCUUGGUCUCUCACCACUCUCUAUGUCAGCUUGUUCCCAAGGCCCUGUCAAACGUUUACAUUGUCUGGAGGAUUCUCUCUCUGUGCCUGUAAUGCUCUUGACCAAUGACAUUGUGUCUGAUUGUUUGAAAAGGUUGUGAUCACUUGAGUCUUUUAAUGCAUACAGAACUAUAUUUAAAAUAAAGAAUUAUGGAUAUAUAUCAUUAUAUAUAUUAAAUAUUUAACAAGUAUAACAAUAUAACAAGCUCAACUGAUUUAUUGUACUUUUGAGAGCAUUUAUUUUUUAGAAUAGGUGUCCCUAAUGCAUUGAGGAAAAAAGGACAACCUCUUGUUAUGCCUUUGGCUUGUGUACAGUAUGUCCACACUCCAGACUUCUCUGCAGGUCUGUGUGUUGUAAGCAUGGGCCAUCUGAAGAUGACCUCUGAGCUGGUCAGUGUUCUGAUGUUCUGAUCGGACUCAUAAUGGCCAUGAUGAUAUGCUAAUCCAUGUUUACUGUAGUGUAUGCUUUGCAACCCCCAAAAUUGGUAAAACACAGAUUACAUUGCACAUAUACAAAGACACACAGAGACACAAAGACACACACACACAGAGAGACAUGGUAAUGUAAUUAAUGCUCAUUUGCUUGAUCUUAUUAGCUUGACUGAAUGAUUUCUGUAUAGUGAGAUGUUGUUUGCUUGGACUUCUCUUUUGUUCCACUGUUUAUUGAACAUUUCCAGAUGCUUUGUGGCACACCCAGAAUGAUGUUGGAUGUCUGCUGUUUGCUAGUGAGUUUUGUUCAUUUUAUUUAACUGAUGCCAUCUAGUAAUGCUUUUUUAUCAUCAUCAGGUUAAUAAAGUUUUUAAACCAG